CUGAGGCACGCGACAAGGCGCCCCGCAGCCAGGUGUCGAGUGCGGGCCCCACCUCUGAAGGCGGAGGAGGGGCCGCGGGUGGUGACGCGCUGAGGGCCGCCCGCGGACAGCGGGCGGGCGGCGGCGGCAGGUGCGGCCGCGGAGGGCGGGAGGGAGAAGGGAGGGGGCGGGCGGAGGGGGAGGGGAGGGCAAGGCCCCGGCACCUCCCCCUUUAUAACGCGCCCCCUCCCAGGCUCUUGGGCCGCCUCCUUGUCGGCUCUUCCCGUCUCGCCCCCUCGCCCGGCAGCCCCGGGCCCGGGCCCGGCCAGGGAGCCCCCAGGCCGCGGCUUGGGGGCCGCCCCCCCUCCCGCUCGCCGCCCAGCGCAGCCCGGCGGAGGCGGCGCCGUCGGAGGAGGAGGAGCAGGACACUGCGGCUGGCCCGGGAUCGGGCGCCAGAGCGGCAGCGGCUUCGGCAGCAGCGGCGGCCCGGGCCAAUGCAGCGGGACGCACCGCCCCGAGCCCCAGCUCCGGCGCCCCGACUUCCCGCGCCCCCGAUCGGGGUCGCCGCCAGCAGUGGCGGCGGCGGAGGCGGGGGCAGCGGUGGCGGUGGAGGCGCCUCUGCAGCUCCGGUUCCUCCUGGCCUCCCGGGAACUACAAGUCCCAGGGGGCCUGGCGGCGGGCGACGAACGGAAGAGGCGGGGUCGGCGCCGCGAGGCCGGAAGUGGCCGUGGAGGCGGAAGUGGCGCGGCCGCGGAGGGGCCUGGAGCACGGCGGCGGGACCUGGAGCGGGAGCGGCGGCUGCGGCGGCGGCUGGGAGCGGUGGUGGCGCUCUGGGGGCUGCCAUGGCAAAGCAGUACGAUUCAGUGGAGUGCCCCUUUUGUGAUGAGGUGACCAAAUAUGAAAAGCUCGCCAAGAUCGGCCAAGGCACCUUUGGGGAAGUGUUUAAAGCAAAGCAUCGCCUGACCGGCCAAAAGGUGGCUCUGAAGAAGGUACUGAUGGAGAACGAGAAGGAGGGGUUCCCCAUUACCGCCUUGCGGGAAAUCAAGAUCCUCCAGCUUUUGAAACAUGAGAACGUGGUCAACUUGAUUGAGAUCUGUAGAACCAAAGCUUCCCCCUAUAACCGCUGCAAAGGCAGUAUAUACCUGGUGUUUGACUUCUGCGAGCAUGACCUUGCUGGGCUGCUGAGCAACGUACUAGUCAAGUUCACGCUGUCUGAGAUCAAGAGGGUCAUGCAGAUGUUGCUCAAUGGCCUCUACUACAUCCACAGGAACAAGAUUCUGCACAGGGACAUGAAGGCGGCCAACGUGCUCAUCACCCGAGAUGGGGUCCUGAAACUGGCAGACUUUGGGCUGGCCCGGGCCUUCAGCCUGGCCAAGAACAGCCAGCCCAACCGCUACACCAACCGUGUGGUGACGCUCUGGUACCGGCCCCCAGAGCUGUUGCUCGGGGAGCGGGACUACGGCCCCCCCAUUGACCUGUGGGGUGCUGGGUGCAUCAUGGCGGAGAUGUGGACCCGCAGCCCUAUCAUGCAGGGCAACACGGAGCAGCACCAGCUCGCCCUCAUCAGCCAGCUCUGUGGUUCCAUCACCCCCGAGGUGUGGCCAAACGUGGACAAGUACGAGCUGUUUGAGAAGCUGGACCUGGUGAAGGGCCAGAAGCGGAAGGUGAAGGACCGGCUGAAGGCCUACGUGCGGGACCCCUACGCGCUGGACCUCAUCGACAAGCUGCUGGUGCUGGACCCCGCGCAGCGCAUCGACAGCGACGACGCCCUCAACCACGACUUCUUCUGGUCUGACCCCAUGCCCUCGGACCUCAAGAGCAUGCUGUCCACCCACCUGACGUCCAUGUUCGAGUACCUGGCGCCACCGCGCAAGAAGGGCAGCCAGAUCGCCCAGCCUUCCACCAACCAGAGCCGCAACCCGACCACCACCAACCAGACAGAGUUCGAGCGUGUCUUCUGAGGCCGGUCCUGCUGCUUUUCCUUGGGGCUCUCGUUUCGUUUGUCCUUCUGCUGUGUGACCCGCACUGUGGAGAUGGUGGGGUAUUUGAGUUUUUUCUCUCGUGCAGAUUUUCUGUAACCCCCACCUGGGCACUGGGAAUGCCAGCUGAAUGGACAGGAGCGAAGCUUGGCAGAAUGCCCAGAGGCCCCUGGCGCUGCAUUGCCCGGUUCCCUGGUUUUCUGGGCGACGUCCGGAGGGUCUCGUGGACCUUAGGGCGGGCACGGGGUGAGAGGAGACGUGCGCCCCGCCAGGGACUUCGUAAGUUCCCGGCGCGAUGGGAGGAAGGGCAGGGCACUCACCGUCCCCAGCCUUCUCGGGGUGAGAAGCGUUCAUGGGGGACAGCCAGCCCGGAACGCGGGCUGUGCUCCUGGCGUGACCCUGAGAAGCACUACGGCCGGCCGGCAGAGACUCGGUUCUCCGGGAGGAGGAUUUUAUCAUGUGUCCUUUACUCGGUUGUUUGGAGACAGUUCUGGGCAGUUCUCCCAGUUGCAAUUAAAGUUGACUGCUUUCCUUUCCCCAGUAA